AUGGAGGCCUUCCCCAUCUAUGAAGACAUCCCGCCAGCGUACCCUCAGCAAGCACCCCCAGACUACAUUGAUCAUGCCUCCCCGCCUCUCCCCAACUACGACUACCCGCCCCAGGUCCAUCCAGAUUAUGGAUUUGUUGAAGACUACUCCCGUCCUCCUGAGCCCAUCUAUGACUUGCCAGAGUAUGUUUCCUCGGAGGAGGACCCUUUCGACGAUAUCGAGAUACAUGACGAGUGGAUUGAUCCCAGCGAUUACCGGCAAGAGGAAGACUAUUACGACGACGAGAUUUUCGAGGAGAGCUGGAUACCGUACUCGUCGCCUAUCCUGCCGAAUGACUCUCUGCCAGCGGCCGGUAGUAGCAGCCAGAAUGGCAACCAACAGGUGGUCAUUGCCCCUCCUUCAUUCUACCCACCACCGUCCGAUCUCCGGCAACACUACUGCGACCUUCACCCGGGCGACUGUCUGCGGGACAAGCUUCCCAUCGAGACGAACGCAACCGAGCGCGCCAACGCCACGUUGGACGAAGACCUGUCGAAUGGAACCAACUUCAAGCAUGUCGACUUGCCGGGUGCCGGUCUGGCCUUGGCUUUGCUUCUUAUUAUUAUCAUAGCGCUCAACGCUAGCUGGUCCAGCGAUGAGAAGGACGGAAAGAAAUCCAAGUCCAUCAACAAAACGUCCGCGGGAGGUGCUACACCAGACAGCUCCGCGGAAAACGGCAGUGACGAAGCCGCCAAAGACAAGAAAGAGAAGGAGGAGAAAACGGCAGCAGCAAAGCAAAAAAGGGAGAGGGAGAAGAAAGAAAAAGAGGCGAGAAGGGCUGCUGAAGCUGCAGCGAAUGGAAGCGACGAACCUGCUGGCUCUACCACAGGCGCCGACGGACAGAGCAAGAAGGAGAGAGAGGCGGCCAAAGCAGCGAGAGAGAAAAAGGAUAGGGAGAAGAAAGAGAGGGAGGAAGCUAGAGCAGCUGCAAAGGCAGAAAAGGAGGCCAAAAAAACAGCUGAAGAGGCUGCGAAUGGAGGCGUGCCAGCAUCAACUGCAGGCUCCGACGGAAAGAGCAAGAAGGAGAAAGAAGCAGCCGCCAAAGCUGCUGCCCAAGCUGCAAAAGCAGAAAAGGACGCAAAGGAGAAAAGAGAGAAGGAGAAGAAGGAGCGGGAAGAAGCGAGAGCAGCAGCAAAAGCUGAAAAGGAUGCUAAAAAAGCGGCCGAGGCGGCUGCAAAUGGAGGAGGCCAACCACCAGCAUCUAAUUCUGGAUCCGAGGCAAAGAGCAAGCAGGAACAGGAUGCAGCUGCAAAAUCAGCAAAAGCUGAGAAGGAAAGAAAAGAGAGAGAGAAGGCCGAGAAGGAAGCGAAGGAUAAACGAGAUAAGGAGAAGAAGGAGAGGGAUGCCGGGAGAGCAGCCGCCAAGGCCGAGAAAGAGGCCAAAGCCGCAGCUGAAGCAGCUGCAAAAGGAGGAGCAGAUCCUGGAGGCCGGAGUACGAAGGAGACAGACGCAGCUGCCAAAGCGGCAAAGGCAGAAAAAGAGGCAAAGGAGAAAAAAGAGAAGGAAAAGAAGGAGAGAGAAGAUGCAAGAGCAGCCCAAAAAGCUGAAAGGGACGCGAGGAAAGCGGCUGAGGCGGCUGCAAAUGGAGGAAGCCAACCACCAGCAUCUAAUGCUGGAUCCGACUCAAAGACCAAAAAGGAAAGAGAUGCAGCUAUCAAGGCAGAAAAAGCGGAGAAAGAAAAGCACGCGAUAGAGAAAGCUGAGAAGGAAGGGAAGGAGAAAAGAGAAAAGGAGAAGAAGGAGAAGGAGGAAGCUAGAGCUGCUGCAAAGGCCGCCCAGGACGCUAAAAAUGCCAAAGCCAACACUGGUAGUGGUGGGAACCCGGCCAACCCGCCGGCGGGAGGAUCCGCGCCCAGUAAUGGAUCCGGCGAAACUCCAGAACAGAGGAAAGCACGCAAGGCGCGUGAAGCGGCCAGUAAACAAGCUGGUGGUGGUACAGAUUCGACGCAAGGAGCUGCCCCGAGCGGUGCCCCCGAGAAUGAAACCCCCGAGCAGAAAGCAAAGAGGGAAAAGAAAGAGAAAAGGGAGAGGGAGAGACAGGAGAGAGCCAACGAGACGCCUGAGCAACGAGAGGCACGUAAGCAACAAGAAAAAGCCAAUGAAACACCAGAACAGAGAGAAGAACGUAAAAAGCGCGAGGCUGAAAGAAGAGCCAACGAAACGCCGGAGGAGAGAAAUGCACGCAAGAAACGCGAGGCUGAAAAAGCCAACGAGACUCCAGAGCAAAGAGCAGCACGCAAGAAACGUGAGGCUGAGGCUAAAGCUAAGGCUGAUGCUGCUACAACGACCAAUGGCGGAGGAGGUGGGGGAUCCACCACCGGUGCCCCGGCCGAAAAUGAGACUCCAGAGGGGAAAGCGGGGAGAGAAAGACGGGAGAAAAGGGAGAAGGAAAAGCAAGAAAGGGCAAACGAGACGCCAGAACAAAGAGCAGCACGCAAGAAGCGUGAGGCUGAGGCUAAAGCUAAGGCUGAUGGUGCUACAACGACCAAUGGCGGAGGAGGUGGGGGAUCCACCACCGGUGCCCCGGCCGAAAAUGAGACUCCAGAGGAGAAAGCGAGGAGAGAAAGACGGGAGAAGAGGGAAAAGGAAAAGCAAGAAAGGGCAAACGAAACGCCAGAACAAAGAGCAGAACGUAAGAAGCAAGAAAGGGCGAAUGAGACGCCAGAACAAAGAGAAGCACGUAAGAAGCGUGAGGCUGAAAAGGCCAAUGAGACGCCAGAAGAGCGAGAGGAGCGCAAGAAACGCGAGGCUGAAAGAGCCAACGAGACUCCAGAACAAAGAGCCGAGCGCAAGAAGCGCGAGCGAGCAAACGAGACACCGGAGCAGAGAAAAGAAAGGAAGAGGCGGGAGGCCGCGAGCACAGGUGACGGUGGAACGGGGGACUCCUCUUCUGGAAAACACAGUAAAAAACAUGGCGGCGAGAGAUCCAAAUCAUGGUUCAGCCCGCCAUUAUUGUUGGGACUGCUGCUUCUCAUCCCUCUCAUCGCAAUGUUCGGUAAGCCGAGCAUGCCAAUGCUCAGUACACCAACUCUCCGUAGGCCUUCUGUGCUUGGGUCUGGGGGUCUGGCGAGCAUGUUGAAGCCGCCUGUCAUGGCUUCCACAAGAGCUAGAGCGGCUUUUGCCAGUGCUAAAGCUAGACGAUCCAGAGCGGCUGAGACGCGAUGGGUAGUCAACGACACCCCACCAGAGCCUAAAACUCAAAUCAAUAUCAACAAUAAUGUAAACUCCCCAGGCGGAUCGGGAGGCGGGGAUGCUCCCCCAAUUGAGGUAGUAGUCGAAGAAACGUCAUCAUCCUCAGCGGCAGAAGCUCCGCCAGUCAUAGUGGAGGAAACGGUAUGGGAGCCCAUACACUUCCGGUUCACCGGUCCAGCAAAUCCCGACAGGCUAUACAAGAUGUUCAUAACGACUGUGAUAGUCGCUCUUCCCCUCCUUUAUGACUGGGUCAUGGAUUACCCCAAGAAACGAUACUCGCAACCCGACUAUCUGCCACCCUCGACUCAGGCGGUACUCGCAAUGACUGUGUUCUUGCUCUGCGCUUACCUUGCAGACUGGAGUUUUGCAUGGGUCGGGUGGAUUGGCUGGACAUCGACUGCCAUAGUACCUAUCGCUGAAGUAUCAAUCUCGGGUGCUCAGAGUGGACUGACACCACUUAUUGUCAUUCUACUAGAGACGAUCGAGUCGUUGAUUUGGGCUUUGGAAGACGUCAUCUUUGGCGAUGGGCGUACCUUGCUCGGCAUGGGCCUUGCAGCUCUGGGAGUGGUGAUGCUAGGACAAAGAGAGCCUAGCUUGGAUGUACCGAAGACUGAAUAUGCUUCGGGAGCUGUCCAAGGAGUGUACUUCUUGGGUGCUUUGUUGAUCGCAAUGUUUGUAUGGAACGCGUAG